UUAAUUUCAAGUCUUAAAAAUACAUCCGUGUGCCAGGAGGACAGACCUGACCGGAAGUAGAAGGUACAGGCGAACCUGACUUGUGUGCGUCCGCAUCCCCGCUGCUCCGCUGGCGAGCUACCUGCUGAAGGCACCGCCGUUUCCCGUGCCUCGCAACCCGUACCUUUACUGGACCCGGCGUCUCGACUCGAGGAGGACGCACUUCUGCCGCCUGGAGGACCGCGCGGCGGUCUUUUUCCCGCGGAACGGAGAGCAGGGCGGCAGGUGUCUCGUGAGACCUGGGGAUGAGGAGAGGGGCUCGCCGCGCGCUGCGUCCGCCGCCCGGGUGAAUUCAUUCGCUGCUGUUAGCGGCCGGCUAACACACCUGUCGGGGGUAUCUACUGUUUAAACCCCCGCUGUCAUCUGUGGUUUCCGGUCGGGACGGAUGGGAAAGAGGCGUCACUAGAUGCGGCGCGAGGCGGAGCGGCGACGCGCUCGUGCAGGAAGGUGGUGCGAAGGUAAGACGGGUGGAGGAAUGCUCGGCUAACGGGAGCUAGCAGGCUAGCCUCACGGCUGCAGGGAGCUAUGCUGUUGUCGCCCAGUCUAGCAUAGCCUAGCCUAGCCUCAGCUAGGAGCACCGACACGGACGUCUGAUGUUGCGCGUAGCGGCGCGUGGUGACGGUACCGCCAUGAUCACAGUGCGCUCGUGAAACCGCGAGGAGGAGCGACGCGCCAUGGAGUCUUUCCUGCAGAUCGCCCCCCACUCCCUGGCCAUCGUGCUGGCCCGGGUCGGGGUCGGGGCCGGGGAGGCAGGCGGCGCCGCCGGGGUGUCAGAGAGCGACGCGCUGCCGCGGCACCACACCGGCUACGAGAUCUUCGCGGACUUCAAAGCGGAGAACACGCACGAGCACAUGUGGAGCCGGCGGGUCACAGAGGCAGUGCGUGAGACCUUCUUCCUGGGAUGGAUAGACGAGCACGUCCUGCUGAUCCAGGGGAAGGAGGACCACCUGGAGGUUCUACGGGAGGGCUGGAUGCGGAGGUCCCUGAACCCGCCCAGAGGCUUCACCAUCACCUACCUCGGUGAUGUGUCACCUAUCAGCAUGUCCCCGAUCAGCCAAUCGCAGUUCAUCCCUCUGGGAGAGGUGCUGCUAUUGGCUAUCUCUGCUAUGAACUCCGCCCACAAACCUGUCACCCAGGAGGCACUCACCGAACACCUGCAAACAUGCUUUCCAGGUGUCCCCACGCCAACGGACGAAGUGCUGCACCACACACUGAACAUGCUGGUGCGUGAGCGCAAAAUCUACCCAACCCCGGACGGCUACUUUAUCGUGACGCCCCAGACGUACUUCAUCACCCCCAGCCUCAUCAGGACCAGCUCAAAGUGGUACCACUUAGACGAGCGGGCCGGCGACCGCCUUCAGCAGCAGCAGCAGCAGCAGCAGCAGCAGCAGCAGCAGCAGCACCAGAGCCAGCAGACGCAGUGCACCUCCCCGCUCUCGGGCACCGUCACCCCCUCCACGUCCGGAGGGGUGCGGGACCGGGCGCACCCCAAGCCCAGUCAGAACCACUGCGGCGCCGGGGAGUCCUACAACAACAGCUACCGCGGGGGGGGCGUGGAGGACCCCCCCAGCCACCACGCCACGCUGCAGCGACGCUCCCCUAAGGACCCCCGGGAGGCCUACUCCUCGCCCCACUCCCCCCAGACCCCGCCCACGCAGGGGGGCGGCACCGCCGAGAAGAGCCGAAGCACCCUGAGCUUCCCCUUCAAGACGGACACGCUCACCAAGCACCGGGGGGGCGGGGGCGGCGGCGGCGGCGAGGCGGAGAAGCAGUCGGGGAGCGGGAGCGGGUCGAACAGCGCCAGCCGCAAGUUCGGCCUCAAGCUGUUCCGCCUGAGCUUCAAGAAGGACAAGACCAAGCAGCUGGCCACCUUCUCGGCUCAGUUCCCGCCCGAGGAGUGGCCCCUCCGGGACGAGGAGGUCCCCAGCCAGCUGCCCCGGAACGUGGAGAUGGAGAUCAUCCGCCGGAUCAACCCCGACCUCACGGUGGAGAACCUGGCCCGGCACACGGCCGUCAUGAAGCGGCUGGAGGAGGAGCGCGCCCAGAGGAGCAAGGCCUCCUCGGCCAACCAGAGCUCGCGGAGCCGGAGGAGCGGCGGGCGGCACAGGAAGCCGUCGCAGGCCAAGCCCAGCCGCUCCCACAGUAAAACCAGAGCCCCCCGGGGGGAGCCCAGCGACGGCUCCCACCCGGAGCUCACGGAGCGGGACUACCGGGCCUACUCGUCGUCCCUGGCCCGCUCGCCCCGGGAACACGCCCUGGCCAUGGAGCGCCAGCGGGCGCGGCUCCACCUGGCCCACAGCAACCCCAACAUCCUGGACGCCGCCCACCUGCCGGUCACGCCCGAGUGGGACGUGUCGGGCGAGCUGGCCAAGCGGCGGACGGAGAUGCCUUUCCCUGAGCCCAGCCACGGCCCCUCGGCCCAGCACUCCAAAGUCCACCGCUCUCACUCGCACACCCAGGAGAGGAAGUCGAGAACGGAGCGCAGCGACAAAGCCAAGGAACGUUCUAGAUCCAUGGACAACUCCAAAGGACCCCUGGGCGCCGGGCUUAUAGGACCGCCGGACUACUACGACGACCGCAGUCGCUAUUACACAGACGAUGGGACCCUGCGAGCCAAUCAGAGUUCUUCUCACUACUCUCGGAUCACGCCCAGCAAAGCGAAACUCGCCAAUGAGGCGCUGGGGUUGGAGGGCGGCAGAAGCUUGGAGAAGAACAAGAGCCGGGACAGUCUCCCGGCGUACUCCCCCAAGCCCCCGGCCGCCUCCAUCCCCUCAGACGACUACUUCCAGUGCUCCGCCUCCUCUGAGGCGGUGCUCACGGCCGCCAACCCCCACGGCUCCCUGGGCAAGAGCAGCCACGAGGGGCUCAAGCCGGGCGGCGUGGACCGGCAGUCGGACAGACAGACGCCCCACCCUCCGGAGUACAAGGAGGACGUGGGCAAACCGGGCCCCAAAGGGGGCAGCCUGCCGCCCAUCCCGCUGUCCGUGCCCGACCCCCCGCUGCCCAACGGCCGGCCCGUCCACGGCACGUCGGCGGGCCCCGAGAAGCGCAAGGAGAUCUUCAGCAAGGACACGCUGUUCAAGCCCCCGCCCAGCCUGCCGCUGCCCGGCUACAGCUCCCUGAGGAAGACCCCCGCCCUGGCCGCCUCGGCGCUCUCGUCCUCGUGCGACGCGCUCGACUCCCCGGAGGCCUUCGACGCGCCCAAGCCCCUGGUGGCCACGCCCUCGGCCAGCGCCGCCCCCACCGGGUUGGAGCCCGGCGGCAGCGGUAGCGGGGCGGCCGAGGCCUCCUUCGACUACUACAACGUCUCGGACGACGACGAGUUGGAGGAGGGCGCCGCAAAGGGCCGGGGCACAGACGGGAAGGCGGGCGGAGAGGGGGGCAAGGCGGGCGGAGGUGGGGUGGGCGGAGGCGGGACCAUGCAGUGGCUGCUGGAGAGGGAGAAGGAGAGGGACCUUCAGCGCAGGUUUGAGCGCAACCUCACCUUCCCCAGUGCUAAAGAGAACCUCCCGGAGCCCAGCCAGAACCAGCAGUCGGCGCACUCAGCCAGGCUGGACAGCAUGGACAGCAGCUCCGUGACGGUGGACAGUGGAUUCAACUCUCCACGCACCAGGGAGAGCCUGGCCUCCAACACCUCCUCCAUAGUGGAGAGCAACCGCCGGCAGAACCUGGCCCUCAGCCCGGGGCACCUGGGCCUCGCCACAGGCAACGGGCCGCCCUUCUCCUUCCGCGCCGUCCCGGAGCCGCCCGCUCCGCAGCCUGAGAAGCUCCAGAAGCCCAGCGCCUGCCUGGCCUCCAUCACCAGCGUCUGACCGCGCCCUGAGGGCGGAGGUGGAAGGUGGAGCUCUUUUUGGGACAUGGUUGUGAAGGGAAAUAUAUAUAUAUAUAUAUAUAUAUAUAGAUCCAUGUAGAUAUCUAUAUAUAUCUAUAUGUAGAUACCUGUCCCAAGAUGCCCAAGGACUGUUACAUUUCAGAACUAAUGAACUCAGUGGAGCGCCGCCUGGAGGCCCACUGAUGGAACUACAGCUGUUACAAUUACACACACACACACACACACACACACACACACACACACACACACACACACACACACACACACACACACACACACACACACACACACACACACACACACACACACACACACACACACACACACACACACACACACACACACACACACACUCUCUCUCCCUCAAAUGGACUGAUACACAGAUGGAAAUCGAGGCCACAAAUUAAACCGCUUUUGUUUCUCACAUGUGUUUACACACACGCACCCAUACACACAGACACACACCGAUACAUACACGCACACACACACACACACACACACACACACACACCAAGCCACUGGGCAGACUUUGACCAUGUCAUUCUACAACCUCUAGUUUACACACUGCUGUUGUGUUGUUUCACUUGGAUAAUAUGACUGACUGCUGCCUGUAGAUAUAAUAUAUAUAUAUAUAUAUAUAUAUAUACAUAUAUAAAUAUAUAUGUGGGAGUGUUUGUGUUCGCGUGUCUGGAUGUGUGAGUGUGUGCGCAUAUGUGUGUAUAUUCUGUAAUCUCAGGUCAUGUUAUCUCCACUCUCAUUCCCGCUGCUCAGACUCAAGUGUCCCGCGAAGUUGUGAAUCCUAGUAUUACACCACUACAGAGGAAGGGUGUCCCCCCCCCCUGUCCCCGUCCCCCCCCCACUGCUAAAGAGGAAGUGUUCCCCCUAGUGGUGUAUCCUAGUAUUACAUUACUAUAGAGGGAGAGUUCCCCCUAGUGGUGUAUCUUAGUAUAACACUGAUAAAGAGGAAGAGUUCCCCCUAGUGGUGUAUCCUAGUAUUACAUUACUAUAGAGGGAGAGUUCCCCCUAGUGGUGUAUCCUAGUAUAACACUGGUAAAGAGGAAGAGUUCCCCCUAGUGGUGUAUCCUACUAUUACAUUACUAUAGAGGAAGAGUUCCCCCUAGUGGUGUAUCCUAGUAUAACACUGAUGAAGAGGAAGGGUUCUCUCUAGUGGUGUAUCCUAGUAUUACAUUACUAUAGAGGAAGAGUUCCCCCUAGUGGUGUAUCCUAGUAUUGCACUGGUAAAGAGGAAGGUUUCUCCCGAGUGGUGUGUUCUAGUAUUACACUGGUAUAGAGGAAGCGUUCCCCCUAGUGUUAUAUCCUAGUAUUACACUGUUAAAUUGACCCACGGUACAACGAUCCAUCGCUCUUACAGGAAGAUAAUGGCAAGCAUAGCUGUUGCAGCUCCUGUUAAAACAUCUCCAGGAGUGACAGACACCACCACACGGACAUCGCCACAACUAUGUAGAAACAAGGGAAAUAACGUUACCCAGGUCCAUCACAGCUAUACAGAAAUAAUUGAUGUAUCUAAAUGUAUUUUCUAUAUUUGAACUAAAAAUUUGAGGGUUAAUUCCCGUUCAUAGACAACACAUUUAAGGCAAUGCAGAUGGCUAGUUUUGCUAACAUUAUGUAACUGAGAAUAUUUUUUUACAAGGCCCUCUUUGAUAUCAAUAUUCAUCCCGUCCCAGGUAACCAUUCCUUCUACCUGCUUGACAUCAUGUUGGCCAUCUGCACUGCCUCAAACGCGUUGCCAUGGAGAUAGACGGACCAGCUUAGUGAGCUGCAACUCUUGAGAUCAUUUGUUUCGGGACGGCCUACAACUGCAAUAGUUAACACCUCUGAGGUGGUUGUUCUGUCUGCUACAGCCUGUCAGAGUAUAACCUCUACCAAAUACAACCACUCCUGAGCACAUUUACACUCACACAGAUGACUGGAAAAAUAUUAUAUAAACAGGCAAUACUCUUCCCUGUAAAUGGGAGCGCUGGUACAGCCCUGGCUCUCCUCUUUAAGGAUAAACAUUCAAUCUAGACUCCCUGCUAUUGCAUUGGCAGAGUGCGUAUAAAAAUGGCAGUCGGUUCCAGCCCUUACCCGAUUGUUAAAGUGAUCAGAAUAUGGUGAGCAUGUAAGCGCGCUCCAUGUGUUUCUGAGGUUGUAAAGCGAGCUGUAGCAGCUGAAUCUGAGAGGAAGUGUUUCUUGUACCAUGUUGAAGGGGCUCGGAGAGCAAUGGAUUUUGGAAUCGUCCCGUCAUUACAAAACAAAUGGCUCCUAUUGCUGUGGGCCCUCAGAACCCAAACCAACAUUGUUCCACUCAAAAGGAAACUGACAUUUUUUUGCAGGAUUGCAUAUGGUAAUUCUUUUUGUACCUACUGUCGAUGCAAAGAGGGAGACUCACGCUGGAACAUGAAGCUGCCGUUACCGUACCGGUACUGCGGCUGAGUUUCCAAAUCUCAAAAUGCAAAGACGUGAGCCAAGCCGAUCGACCCACGCCAGUCCAGUGUUGUACGGAGCAUACAGGGAUCUUCUUUUGUUUCCUUUGUCUUGUUUUAACGAUUGACUUUGUUUUUUUUUCCUUUCCUUAAUUUUUGGGGACUCAUUGUUUACUUGACAUCCGAUUUACAUUUUUUGUAGUUUUAUUUUUUUGCGUUUGGGUUGAACCCCGUGAGCCACUGGCCCUCCCGGUGCUUCAGACACUCUGGAUGUCUUCUGCGGUCGUUGUUACCCAACAACGAUCCGUCCUGUACUCUCGUCACCAUGGGGACGACCACAACGUCAAAGCAGAUCAAACCAUCGGCGGCGAGACGCCCGUCACGCGUGUUCCAACAUGGCUGCCACUGUGCCCGGUCCGCCCGGGACAACUAAUGACCCUUAACCAGUGAGGCUUAAGACGUUUGAAGCUGACUUAACCCCUCAGGCCCGCUGAUGGAUGCUGGCCUGCACCGAACCACGGGGAGACGCGGGGCACGUGCGGCAAACUCGCAAAAAAAACCGACACCAACGUCCAAUGUCUGUAGUUUGUGAUCCAGUGCCGCGCAAAGCCGGACCCGCCCAUCAGAGUCCUGCACUUCUAUAGGUCGAAUAAUUUGUCAAUCAUUUGAAAUCCCACGGCGCGUCGUUUCCAACGGGCUCUUCUACAACUACCUCCAAAGCAGCAACAACACAACCCAGCCCCUUUCUAAGAGUACACUGUCAUCAGCCUCUAGCCUGUGAAUGUCUUGCGUACACGCACACACUGACACACACAGACACUCACACAGACACACACAGACACACACACACACACACACUUUUAUAGCCACAGAUGCCCCCACACACUCAAGACACAGACAAUGCAUUUAAGUGCUGGACCGUCCUGUCUUCUCGUUCCAUCCAUCUCCCUCUCUUCCUACAAACCUCUGAUGGUGAACAUUAGAUCACUGGACAAACUACUUUCCCCCUUACACUUUCCCCCUUGCUGAACUUGAAAUGGCAUUCGGCAGAGGAAAGAAGAAACGGGUACAAAAAGCUAAAUUCACAACAUUUGCUAAUUAGCACGUGCAGAUGUUUGACUCCAAAUCGUGCAGGCGGACUUUACAUUCCUGAACAGGAGAGUCCACCUCUGUGCAAAUGACCAUCGAAAGACACCAAUCUAGAAAAGUUCCAGGUGUGUCCCAAACUAGCUUUAAAACGGUUGCACGAGAACAAGUUUAAUAUUCUAGAGCCAACACUAUAAUCCAGGGACUGGUACCACAGCCAACCUGUCUGAUAACCACAGUGUACUAGUGAUUGGUUGUGGGACAACGCCUCACACCAUAUCUCGGUGGUUGGAUUCCUUAAGACCCCUAGGGCCUUGGCUCCUUAGUCCUAGUUUUAGUACUGUGUACUAGGGUGUAGAACCCGACUAGCAAUAUAGCGCAGACCCCUACUGUAUGGUCCCUGUUAAUGAUACCACUACGUUGUGGUUCCAGUGUGGCCAACGCAGGAAGUGAGGGGGUCCCAACUCUGGUCCAACCUCUUCUUUAAACCUUAAACAAGUUACUUAAGGAGAUUGUAAUGUCUGAGUGCAACACCCUCAAACCCUCACCUUUGUUUCUCAUGUUUUGCACUGCCCCCACCCCCACCCCCCCCCACCCCGGCCUCCGUUCCACACACACGCACGCACACACCACCACCACCUGCGACAACCACCACCUCCUCUUCCACACUCGACGCUCCAUGAAAUGUCUUCCGUUGACAUUGACAAACGGUUCUAACGCUGGAGGUUCCACAAUAGCAUUGUUUCUAACAGUGACGUUAAUGUCAUACUUGUAAAUGAUGUUUAUCUGUCAUGCCUAGUCAGAAUAAUUUAAACAAUAAAAAGAGGGAUUCUUUUGUAAAUGUCUAUAAUAUUGGGGAAAAGGUUUUUGGGCGGUGUUGUUUGUCCGGCUAAGCACGUCCAGCAAAAAGAAAACACAUUUAGCUACAAAAUGCGUCUUUUAAAAAAAAAAAAAAACUCUUCUUCUGACACCUCCAACUGAUGCACCAUUUUUAAGAAAGGCAAUUUGAAGCUUUAAUGUUGUUAUUUUGCACAUGCUCAACUAGACAAAGGGCACCCCAUAAACGAGUCCCUCUGUGUGUAGUGCUGGUGUUACCGUUGUUGUAGUGUAUGUGAUAUAUUACCCCAUGGGGAUUGUGUUACUUUUUAAGAUAAUAAAAAUUAACAAUGUUUGGUUACGCCGCUGUGUUUGGUUCGUCAUUGCAUGGAUUCUAAACGGCAGCGAUCCUCCGAGGCCACGAGAGGAGACUCGUUUUAAAGAGAGGCCUGUUGAUUGGGAGACCGUCUGGGCUGUGCUCCAAUCGGUUCACUUCUGCCUUCAUACUGCAUCUUCAUGUAGGGGGUCAACGUCUGAAAUGUGAGUAUACACUUUUGGUUCCCCGUAGACUACUUAUUUUAUUAUUUUAUUUGAUAUCUCAUGAUUUGUCUAUAGAUUUCACAUGUCUUACUCUUGUCUCUUGAAGUGUGAGGACAAGCUAAGGAAGGCGAUUGCUUGGGCUCCAAAUACUGACCUCUUCAGGGUUAAGGAUCCUUAAUGUGUGUGUACCUCAGUGUAUGAGAAAACAGACAAGAUAAAAAAAGGGUACAACUAGGAUUAUGCUGCCGAUGGUGGAGGGAGGCAGAAAUCAACACAGGACUGCAGUGUUGGGUUUGGCUGCUGGUUGUCAUGGAGUGAGUGCUGGAAAACAUAGCAAGAGAAGGCAACCGAUGGAAAAACAAAUCGUACACAUUGUCACCUAAAGUUUAGUCAUACUUCUAUGAAUGGUUAAGGUACUUAUUGGGUUAGAUAUGGUUCUGUUAAGGCAUGCAUAUUGGGUUAGAUAUGGUUAUGUUGGGUAUGCCUAUUGUGUUAAUAUUGACAUGUUGGUAUACACAGAGUCUAGGUAUUAGGUUACAAAAGAACUAUUUCGGUUUUAGAACUUUAAAUUCAAAAAUACUAUGGCUAAAUAUAUCUAGACACCAACAACCUCAUGUUUUUGAAAACACAUUGAAUAAGGCCCAUCUCUUUAAGAAUUGUUUUAUUUUAAAAGUGUUUCUUACAAAACAAUCACACAUUUACAGAGUUAGUGACAAGAAGAGAGAACAUGAACCUGACAGACAAGAUAUGAGAUAUGAGAAGGUCUGUGUGGGUCAUGGCAUGUGAGAGCCUGCGUCUUUUCACGCUAUCUAGGAAUGUUGAAAUUGCUUUUCAGAUUUAUUUUUAAAUUCAAUCUCAUUGCUUGAAGGUCAAUUUUCUCUGGACAACUGCGGUACGACGUCCUGAUAAGGCGCCCUGUUCUCUUCUGGAAGACCAUCUGACUCUUGUUGGAGGGAUUGAAGGCUGGAGGUCGGUGUAGAACACAGAACAGAACUAGAGGGGGGACAGGCUGUACGCUCUCACUCCAUGUCCAACACCCUUUUCCUUUCUUGAUAGAGGAUGUCUUUUGGGAGUGGUGGCACGAGGUCAGCACACUUAAAAGUGCAUCAGUGGGUUAAACAUUCUUCGCCUUGCAAGAGUGGAGCUGGGAACACACUAGAAGAUUUAUAGCUCCAUUAUAGCCCUGAUACGCCACUGAAGACAGAUAUUCACCGUCUGUCAUCGUCAGCGCGUCCACGUGAAAUCACUCUGCAACGCCGUGGGAUGGGAUUCAAACCUGCAGCCUUCCGAUGUGGCCGUUCUUAGAUAUUACGAAUGUUCGAUAUUCAUACAAGGGGUCGUGUCCACGACUUUAAUCAGUCAAACCAGUGGUUCAAUGUGUGAUGUCUCCCAGUCGUUCUACACCGUUGUCAUCUAAGAGUAUCUUCUAGCGAGUCCCGGUCGGUCUUCACUCCUCCCUCCUCCUCCUCCGGUGGGGGUCUUCUUGGCUGAGAAACCCCCCUCAGUGGCGGCCCACCGCUGAGACGGCCUUCCUGCCUGAGACUUCCUCAGUGGGGGCCCAGCACUGAGGUCUUCUUGGCUGAGACCCCCUCAGUGGCGGCCCACCCCCAGCAGGGCGAGCAGCAGGGUGGUAAGAAGGCUCCAGAGGAGCGGGCGUG